GGUGUGUUAAAUCUUUACGAUCGUAUGGAACGGAUGUAUCGGCUUGGCCCUGAAUUCAUUGAUGUCACCUGGAAUGCUGGCGGCUCCUCUUCUGAGCUUACUGUUGAAAUCACAUCGACUGCUCAAUCUGUUUAUGGAUUAGAGACGGUCAUGCAUCUUACAUGCACUAAUAUGCCAAGAGAAAAGAUCGAGAAAGCUCUCGAGGAUGCUAAAGCGGCUGGAUGCCAAAAUAUUCUUGCACUACGAGGUGAUCCACCUCGUGGCCAAGAUCACUGGGAAGCAUGCGAGAACGGGUUCUCACAUGCUGUGGAUCUUGUCCGUUUUAUUCGAGAAAAAUAUGGUGACUAUUUUGGUAUCUGUGUAGCCGGAUACCCCGAAGGACAUGUUGAUAAUACAAACAAAGAGGAUGAUUUAUACCGCCUAAAGGAAAAAGUUGAAGCUGGAGCUGAUUUCAUUGUGACACAAUUGUUUUAUGACGUGGACUUGUUUUUGGAUUGGAUCAAAAAAUGUCGAGCUAUUGGAAUCACUUGUCCAAUACUUCCGGGACUUUUGCCAAUCCAAAAUUUUAACGGUUUUAAAAGAAUAAUUACACUUUCAAAAACAAUUGUACCUCAAUUUGUCUUGAAUGACUUAAAACCAAUUAAAGAAGAUGAUGCUGCUGUUAAAGAGUACGGAAUUAGACUUGCCGUCAAUAUGAUAAGAAAAAUGUACACUCAUGGUGUCAAAGGUUUCCAUUUCUACACGAUGAAUUUAGAAAGAUCUACAAUAUUGAUUCUCGAAGAAUUACAAUUUGUUGCACCCGUGGAGACAUCCAAGCCUUUACCUUGGUCUCCAUCUCUUUCCAUCAAACGCAAGAAAGAGAACGUGCGGCCUAUAUUCUGGAGAAAUCGAACAAAAAGUUAUAUACAGCGUACUGAAGCUUGGGAUGAAUUUCCUAAUGGCAGAUGGGGUGAUGCACGCUCACCCGCUUUUGGUGAGCUCGACGGUUAUGGUAUUUCGCUCAAACAUACAAUCGAAGAAGCGCUUAAACUUUGGGGACAUCCUCAAUCAUUAGAUGACAUAAUUACCCUUUUUGUUAAGUAUUGUCGUGGCGAAAUUACUUCACUGCCUUGGUCAGAUCAGUCACUUGCAGAAGAAACAUCUAUUAUAAAAGAUCAAUUGGCCCACAUUAAUUCUCUAGGUUAUCUGACCAUCAAUUCGCAACCAGCUGUCAAUGGAGCACGCAGCGAUAAUAAAAUUUUCGGUUGGGGUCCUAAGAAUGGCUAUGUAUAUCAAAAGGCGUAUAUUGAAGUGUUUGUUCCACCAUCUAAACUUGAUUUACUUGUUGCCAAAAUUGAGUGUGAUCCAAAUAUUACAUACUACGCCAUCAACAAACAGGGUGAUUUGAAAGCAAACACUCAAAGCGAUGGCCCUAAUGCUGUAACUUGGGGUGUCUUCCCAGGAAAAGAAAUUAUUCAGCCAACAAUAGUUGAAGCUGUUAGCUUCAUGGCUUGGAAGGAUGAAGCAUUCGAAUUAUGGAAUGAAUGGGCAAGGAUUUAUGAUGCCAACUCUGUAUCUGCCAAACUGAUGUCUGGAAUUGCGGAAAAUUGGUAUCUAAUUAAUAUUGUGCACAAUGAUUUUCAUGACAACGAUGGAAUCUUCCAAAUUUUCGAAUCGCCAGUGAACGGUAGCCACUAA